GGCUGGCGGUCGGCAAGGUUAUUGGGUGCCAGCAGCUACUAUCGCUGAUCUAACUCGUACGUAGUCACGGGGCUUGUCAGCUGUCAGGCGAGCAGGAAGCUACAAGAUGGCGGCGGGGUACACGGAGUUGUUGAUCGGAUGGUGUAUAUUCGGGGGGCUGCUACUGGCUAUUUUGGCUUUUUGCUGGAUUUAUGUACGAAAAUACCAAAGCCAUCAGGAAAGUGAAGUCAUUUCAACUAUUACAGCAAUAGCUGCACUGGCUAUUGCACUAAUCACUUCUGCACUUCUCCCUGUGGACAUAUUUCUGGUUUCCUUUAUGAAGAAUCAAAAUGGCACAUUUAAGGAAUGGGCAGAAAAUAACGUCACACGACUUCAGAUUGAAAAUACAGUAUUAAUUGGAUAUUACACUUUAUAUUCCAUUAUAUUGUUCUGUGUGUUUUUAUGGAUUCCUUUUGUGUACUUCUAUUAUGAAGAAAAAGAUGACGAUGAUGGUCGUCAAUGUUCGCAAAUAAACAAUGCUCUUAAAUACACUCUUGGAUUUGUCUUAGUCUGCUCAUUCCUGCUUUUAAUUGGUGCAUUUGUUCCACUGGAUAUUGCUACAAACAAAAAUUCCACAGAGUUGGAUAAAAUAAAGCUUUUAUUUGAGGAACUUGGUAGCAGUCAUGGUUUGUCGGCCUUGUCAUUUUCCAUUAGUUCCUUGACCUUGAUAGGAAUGCUAGCAACAAUCACCUACACUUGCAAAGAUGGCAGACCAUUAUCAAGCAAGGACAGAAGAACCCUAUAUAAGCUUGAAGAAAAACUUAGAACAUUGCAGAGAAGAGAGAGACAUCUUAAACAGCAUGAAAACAGUUGCUGGACAAAGUUUUGCAGUGUCAUGCGCCCAUUUAAGAUCGUCUGGGGAAUCUUUUUUAUUCUUGUUGCCCUACUAAUUGUUAUUUCACUUUUCCUUUCCAAUCUGGAUAAAGCACUUCAUUCUGCUGGCAUUAAUACUGGAUUCAUAAUCUUUGGCACCAACCUGACAAACCCACUGAAUAUUCUGUUACCAAUUCUGCAAACGGUUUUUCCUCUUGACUAUCUCCUCAUUACCAUAAUUAUCAUAUAUUUUAUCUUUACAUCAAUGGCUGGAAUAAGGAAUAUGGGCAUAUGGUUCUUUUGGAUACAAUUGUACAAAAUAAGAAGAGGACGGACAAGACCACAAGCGCUUCUAUUUCUCUGCAUGAUACUCUUGUUGAUCGUUCUGCAUACCAGUUACAUGAUUUACAGUCUGGCACCACAAUAUGUAAUGUAUGGAAGUCAGAAAUAUCUGGUGCAGAAUACUAGUGAGCUGGAGACUAAUACAGGAAACUCAUCAACUGUUGUUGUCAAGGAUUGUGAUGCAGAUGCACCAGAAGAUCAGUGUAUUAUUACUCGAACAUACCUAUUUCUUCACAAGUUUUGGUUCUUUGGUACUGCCUACUACUUUGGAAACUGGGUGUUCAUUGCAGUAUUUCUUCUGGGAGUAGCUGUCUCCUGUUGCAAGGGUAAGAAAUCUGUUAUUGAAGGAGAAGUGGAAGAAGAUGAUUCAGAUCUAAGUGAUGAUGAUUUUCCAUAUGCAUAGAUCUUCCUUAUACACAUUACUUUGUAUUAAAUACUUACAUUAGAUUUUAGAUGGCAUUUGAAGUACCUGCAAUAUGUACAUAUUAUGGUUGUAUGAUUUGGUAAUAAUUGUAAUAUAGAUUACAGACUUUAUGAUUGUUUGAGAUGAGUUUCAGUUUGCUACUAUAUAAAAUGUCUAAGGAUAUAAAUGAGUUUGCUUAAAUCAGAUCUCAGCUAUGCAGCUAUAUAUGUAUAUACACAUUCAUGUCAACAAUAAUUAUACUCUCCUCUUUUGUCAAAUUAUUUAACUUUUUUUUUUUAAAUCAUUCUAUACAUUAAAUCUGAAAAUAAGUUAUCCAUCAAAGUUUGUAAUUAAAUAUUGAAUGAGGAGUGGUAGGAUAGAUUUCUGUUUUUCUCUCUCGUUAUUGUUAAUAAAAAAAAUGUUAAUACUUUUGUAAUGUUAAUAAAACAGUGCUAUGCCCA